AUUUUCCAAAUGUAAUCUCACUGCUCAGUCUUGCGAGACUUUAUCAUCAGUUUUACAGUCAUCAAACUCCGUCCUGAGAGAGCUGGACCUGAGUAACAAUGACCUGCAGGAUUUAGGAGUCAGUCUGCUUUCUGAUGGACUGAAGAGACCAGACUGUCAGCUGAACAUACUGAGAUUUUCCAAAUGUAAUCUCACUGCUCAGUCUUGUGAGAGUUUGUCAUCAAUUUUACAGUCCUCAAACUCUGUCCUGAGAGAGCUGGACCUAAGUUACAAUGACCUGCAGGAUUCAGGAGUGAAUCUGCUUUCUGUUGGACUGAAGAGUCCAAACUGUCAGUUGGAGAUACUGAGAUUAUCUGGCUGUAUGGUGACAGAGGAGGGCUGCCAUUAUGUGUCUUCAGCUUUAAGUUCAAACCCCUCACACCUGAGAGAGCUGGAUCUGAGCUACAAUCACCCAAGAGAUUCAGGAGAAAAGCUGCUCUCUGAAAAACUUAAGGAUCCAAACUGCACACUGGACAAACUCAAUGUGGAUAAUGGAGGAGAAUCCAGGAUUACAGAAGGACUACACAAAUAUGCCUGUUUUCUCUCACUGGAUCCAAACACAGCAAACACUGAACUCGUUCUGUCUGAGGAGAACAGACAGGUGACACGUGUGAGAGAGAAACAGUCAUAUCAUGAUCAUCCAGACAGAUUUGAUUGUGUGUAUCAGGUGUUGUGUAGAGAGAGUGUGUGUGGACGCUGUUACUGGGAGAUUGAGUGGAGUGGACAUGUUGAUAUAUCAGUGUCAUAUAAGAGCAUCAGCAGGAAGGGACAGGAUUAUGAGUGUUUGUUUGGAUAUAAUAAUCAGUCCUGGAGUUUGAUCUGCUCUCAUUCCAGUUACUUCAUACACAAUGAAAUACAGACUGAUCUCCCUGUAAAGUUUAGUAGAAUCAGCAGUAAAAUAGGAGUGUUUGUGGAUCACAGUGCAGGAACUCUGUCCUUCUACAGCAUCUCUGACACAAUGAGCCUCAUCCACACAGUCCAGACCACAUUCACUCAGCCGCUCUAUCCUGGGUUUUAUGUUUAUAAAGGAUCAGUGAAACUGUGUUGAUGAAUCAGGAAAGAUUAAUACAGUGGUGGCUCGUCAGGGGAGGCACAGCGUCCCCAAAAUUUAGAUAAAAAAAAUGAGAGGAGGACGAUUUAAUGGUAAUAAAAUUCACAAUUCAAUUCACAGAUUGUCUCAUAAUGUGUAUUUUUUGUUAGCUGUAAUACCGUAACAUGUUACUGAAUUUGGACAGCACCGCUUUUCUAUUGCGAAUGUUCCAAAUCUGCUGAUUUACUGUGUUUUUGUGUUACAUGAAAUUAAGUGUGUUCUUUAAGAUGCCUGUAGGUAGUGCACUAUGCUAAAGUGAUGAGGAAUUUAUGUUCUGGCCAAAGGGCAAAACCAUUAGAGAAAGCGCCAGAAUGCUACAGAUUGUAAUCUGUGCUUGUUUCAUCAAUUCUUACAUGUGCUAUAUUGAGCUAACCCACUCCAUUUUGUUUAUGUGGAAGAGUUGAAACAUAAAAUGGGGACUUUCUGUAAAAUGUAUGCUUGUAAAGGUUGAAUGUUAUUAAUUGUGUAUUCCAAAUUGAGUGUGUUGUUGCAUUGUAGUGUUUCUGUAUUGUUUUUGUAUAGAAUUUUACUAGAUCUAAAACAGACAGAGUAAAGCAUUAAAGACAUAUUGAAGUGUGAGUGGACACAUAUAGUGACAGUAAGACACAAGAGUUGUAUCCAGAAGUUUAUUUUUUGUUUAAAAAUGUACAACCAGAGAGAAAUGUUUAAAUGUAUCACAUUUGCAGACUAAAGGGACAUCAAUUUAAAUGCUGUGAAUUGAAUUGUCCAGGAAGCCUGACCUGUGAAAGAAUAUUGUUAAUAGUGUAGGGGAUCUACAGAAUCAAUUUAGCUCAAAGGGAAUCAUUUAAGAUUGAACAGAAUCUCCGUUUUACAGCGGAUCAAUGAAUCGGCAAGUGAUACAUUGAGCGAGCCGUAUAACAUCAAUUCUGUACUGGAUACUAAUAUCCAAAAUAUAGUGAAAACACUGUUUAUUAGCACGGUAACAAGGUCGGCAUUUUAAGACAUUAAUUUAUAAGCACAAAACACAAGAUACUUCUCUUUUCAAUAUAAAUAGGAAUUUAUUGGAAAAGACAUAUAAACUAAUCUAACACAUAGAUGCGCAUUCACACAUUCAUACAAGUUGCAGAAAGAGAGAGAUGAGGAAAGAAUGAGUUUAGAAGAGUGAAAAUAUGAAAUCCCAAGUUCAUAGCAUAAGUAUAUGCAAUUGCUUAGACCUGAACAACCAUCAAUCAUUUAAUUAACCCUCGCGUUGAGUUCCUCAAUGAGGUUAUUAAAACGUUACAUUAAAUGCACCAGUUCAGCUAGAAUCUGGAGGUUGUACUUGCGUUGCCUUUGUGUUAAGGGGUUUCCUUUGAUGACGUCGUUGCAGAAAGGGGUUCCCCAAGGUUGCUGAUUGGUUGGAAGUCCGUGGUCGUUGGAACUGAUGUCUUGGGCGUUGGCUGGAGGAUGGAGUUGUGUACGCUGGUUGAAGUUUUGAGGCGGGCACGAAGUCUGAGACACGGCUUAGCAGCAAAACUUAACUUAGAACACAAAACUCUCAACGGAAAGAAAAGAUUAAAGUGAAAGAAAUGUGACGAUCUCCUCAUGUUUUCGUUUAGAGGAGUGGCUGGCGUGCAAGCCAGGAAGCGUUCAAAGAACGCAAAAAGCAGCGGCAAAAAUGAUGGCUAAGAGCAUGGCUAGGAGCAAUGGAAAUAUCUAAAAGCCUGACUAAAAGCAAUGGUUAAACCAAUAGCUAAAAGCAAAAUUUGAUGGUGUCCUGUGGUUUUAAACUCAGCUUUGGACACAUCCCAAAAUGGUGUCUUGACCAAUUAGAUGUUGUCUUAACUCGGGAUAUUGCUAUGUUUCUCCUCCCAAAACAUAAAUCAGCAUGUUAUCUUAUCAGUCACAUGGUCAGAAUUUUCCUGCUCUUGCAGAGUAUAAUUUGGCCAUGAUUCCUACAACAUGAAUACAACGCAUUUGACAAUGAAUUGAUUGGUGGAAACAUUCAAAGCAUGAAUUUUCAAACUCAUACAUACCAAACAUGAAUAUAAACCUUUAAGCUAUUCAAUAGUUAUUAAAAGGACAUACACAACGAGUGAUUAGAACAUAAUAGACAAAUGUGUGGGUAACAUACAUAGUAGGGAGUUAUGCAAUGGUCGGAUGUUCAUUCAUAAGUCCUUUUAAGCAUCAUUUUGGUGCAUAUUUAGGUAAAAGGGACAGUCUCUCUGUCAUUUGGUGAACUAAGGGCAUGUUCUGAGGAACAAUGGAAUGGUUUGGUUCUUGUCUUGGGUGGGGGAGCACCACCCAACAAAGUUUCCUCAUGUGGUGGUCCUGAUGCUGCAUCUUUGACCAUUAAUCUUGGGUUUCUCGCCCCAAUAUUGACAAUCUCCUUCCUGAAUUGGGAUUAUCAAUAAUUGUGUUCUUUUGUUUUAAUGUUGCAAGUUGUUCAAAGCUGUGAAAGUUGGUUGGUUAGGCUUACUUCAGGCUGGCUGGCGCCAGGCUUUCCUGGACAGAUUUAUGAUGUGGUCCUGGCCCCUUUGUGGAAUUUGGCUCUUUGGUUUCAACCAAAUGUUCUGAUCGAAUCUUCCAUUUGUCUGAUUCGCUCUGAUACCCUACAAUAGUUAUGAAUUCAAAAGUGUUAUACUUGCCUGUUAUCUGCAAGAAGAGAAAAUAAGAAAAGAAAAAAAAUAGCAAAGCCAUUAAAGAA